CAGGUUCUGUGCGCGAAUAAGUGUCAUCAGUAGACGGACUGCGGUUUACGUGUGCUAACCUAGGCUACCACAUUAUAAUUUCGAUUUUUGUGACCUCCUCAAACAGACAAGUUUAUUGUCCUUUGAAUCGACGAAAAGGUAUAUCUUGUAACUGCGAAGUGGAGUAUGGCCUCUUUCUAAAGAGCACGAAUUGGUUCUGAGUUUCGGUUUAAGUCCCUGUGGAUAAUAAGGAGCCUAGUAUUGUGACAAGACAAUUCAAGACUUCAAAAUGGUUUUAUCGCAGCGGCAGAAGGACGAACUAAACAAGGCUAUAGCAGACUAUUUGCUGUCCAAUGGAUUCAACAGUGCUCUGGAACACUUUCAGAAAGAGGCUGGAAUGCCACAAGAAAUAGAAAAGAAAUUCAGUGGCCUCUUAGAAAAAAGAUGGACCUCAGUGAUCAGACUACAGAAAAAGGUCAUGGACCUGGAGACAAAGCUGUCAGAGGCAGAGGAGGAGGUAAACAGCGGCGCCCCGACCCGCGACCGUCGCUCCCCGGGCGAGUGGAUCCCGCGACCACCGGAGAGAUACAGCCUGACCGGCCACCGCAGUCCCAUCACGCGCGUCGUGUUUCACCCAGUCUUCAGCGUUAUGGUGUCCUGUAGUGAGGACGCCACUAUCAAAGUGUGGGAUUACGAGACUGGAGACUACGAGAGAACCCUGAAAGGUCACACAGACUCUGUCCAAGAUGUUGCUUUCGACAAUUCUGGCAAAUAUCUUGUUUCGUGUUCAGCUGAUAUGACCAUAAAACUGUGGGACUUCAAUGGUUAUGAAUGCAUGAAGACUAUGUAUGGUCAUGAUCACAACGUGUCAAGUGUGACUUUCAUGCCGUCUGGAGAUUUCGUGGUGUCGUCUUCUCGAGACAAAACUAUAAAAAUGUGGGAAGUCUCUACAGGCUACUGUGUGAAGACUUACACCGGCCACCGCGAGUGGGUGAGGAUGGUCAAGGUGUACCAGGACGGGUCCUUACUGGCCAGCUGCUCCAAUGACCAGACUGUCCGUGUGUGGGUGACGGCCACCAAAGAGUGCAAGGCCGAGCUGCGAGAACACGAGCACGUGGUGGAGUGUAUAGCCUGGGCACCCGAGUCUGCGCAGCCGGCCAUCAAUGAGGCGGCAGGCACAGAGAGCAAGAAUGCCAAGAGGUCCGGUCCGUUCUUGCUGUCAGGAUCUCGUGACAAAACCAUGAAGAUGUGGGAUGUUAGUGUAGGACUUUGUCUCUUUACCCUGUCUGGCCAUGACAACUGGAUACGUGGAGUGGUCUUCCAUCCCGGUGGCAAGUACAUUCUGUCUGCGUCGGACGACAAGACGAUCCGUGUGUGGGACACGCAGAACAAACGCAAUCACAAGACACUUCAGGCACAUCCGCAUUUCGUCACCUCUAUUGAUAUGCAUAGAAAUUCUCCGUUCGUGAUCACAGGAAGUGUGGACCAGUCCGUCAAAGUGUGGGAGUGUCGCUAAGCGUGUCGUCGGUGAAAGCAGCGACAUACGUUAAGCUGCUGAGAUGACUCGAGUCCUUGAAAAGCGAAGGAAGAAAGAAAGAUGAUGCGUUAUACAUACAGCUCCUACUUCGAUGAUGACGCGACGAUGAUAAUGCAUCACCUUUCUGAUGUCGACAUACUCUCUGAUGACGACAUAGCGCAACAACCACCACACGCAUAUAAACACACACACACACACACACACACACACACAAAGAAACGCUGGUGUGCUCCGAUGGACAGACGACUCUAGCAGACCAAACGACAAUGAUGCUCCUCCUUCUGUGUCUCUCAUGCCUCUCCUAAUUGUUGUAGUGUUUUGUGACUGAUGAUGAUGAUGAUCUGUCUUUCCUUCGUUUUUGCUUUCUUUUUUUUUUCCUCUUUCUUCCCACAUCCUCUUCCCCCCUUACUCGUGAAGUUACAAUAACUUUGAUUCUGAAUUUUUAGGUUGCUGGUGUAGAUCACGAUUCACAUUCCCGUUGCGUCAUUUUUUCCCCCUCGCCCUCUGAGCUUUUUGGUUUGAAAUAAGGUGGAACAGACGGACAUACUGGAGACUUAAUUUUUGUCUCGAAGACGACCACAGAAAAUAUCUAAUAAGAUUACAUUUAUAAACCGGAACCCUGACAGCUUACAGAUGAUCAGUGUUUUUCUGUUGGGCGUAAAAUCCCUUUCAGGGUUAGUGUUUGUUCUUCUUCAGACCUUUCAUUCUGUCUGAGGUGCUAUUCUUGUUUUUCUUGGGAAACAAUUAAGCUGGCUGGAAAUAAAAAUUGACUUCUGCACGUCCCUAUCUGAGAUGGUCUCCCAUCUCUGUUGUGCGCUAUCAAAAGGUUACUGAGUUUGUAAAUUACCUUAAUCAGUGCUGUUGUGGUACUUGCAUUUCUUCUACGAGUCAACCGUCCCCUCUCUGUGUUAUGAUGAGCAGUGUCGGGGAAGUCAUGCUGCUAUUGAAGGCAAACUCUUGUCAUGUGGUUCUGCUUCUCUCGAAAGACAAGUGGCGGCCGUUUGUGCUAAGUUAUGCAACUGUUUGAUUGCCUUUAUGGGAAGUUUACAUUUGCUCUCGAGUGCUAUGAAUUGUCAACAGGAUGUUCACUGAGAUUAACAUUUCCCUCCGGAUGAAACGGUAUCCAUACUUUUAUACCAUGCUUCAGGUUGGUUGAAGGGAUACAGUCCUGUGUAUGCUUCCCCUCUCACAAUGUCAAACAGGGAAGAAUUUAGAUAAUAGAUCAUACUUUGCAAACCCCCCCCCCCCCCCCCCCCCCCCUAUCUUAGACGAGCUGAUGCUGACAGCUGAACAGCAUCAUAUUAUUAGGGCAGGAUGGGCGAAUCACUUUCCACUUAUUACAUCAUUUGUUUUGUUUCGUUUUAUUUUGGUCAUAUUUAAAAUUUUAUUAUUCAGUGUCAUCUUUGAAAAAUUACCAGCGAUUUUUGUGAUAUAAAUGUAGUUCACUGUCAGUGUUAAUGUUCUUCUUGACUUGCUGCUUAAAGUAAUUGUUACUUUGUGGAAGAAACUACUUUUUUUUUUCAUGUUAUCAUAGCACUCACCCACUCCACACCCCUCUUCCAUUCAUCCAGCUGCCUCGUCACGGGUUUCAAUAAAUAUGUGUGUGGAAAAACAUGAUAUGUUCAUCAUCUUCGAGCAUCUUCAAAGCCAUAAUAUUCAUUAUUCAGACGUGUUAUUAUUUUCCGAUGCGGCGUACAGUUUUGUAUUCGCACUUGAAGAGUUGAUGAAAGUGAAAAAUGUUACCUGAUGUUGUUUACUCCCCACCCCCCCGGGCCUCCAUACCCCAGUCAUAUCUGUCUAUCUACUUUGUAAUUCUCUGUAUUUUUUACUGUGCGUCAGCCAGUCAGUCCCCUCUCCUAUCUGUCGUUCUUGUCUUUUCUCCGUGCCGCAGAAGGGACUGAUUUUUUUCAUUGAAAGAAGAUAGGUGAACUGGGCAAACAGACAAACGGUCACUGUCCGCCUCAUCAUUAUCCGUGUCAUAAGCUAAUGAUAUUCUGCCUGCCGACCAAUGGCUAGAAAGAAGUCUUGAUGUGAGUGGUCUGCCACUUCUUCGUCCUUCCAUCUUACGUACGUCUCGUAACAUUCUGUUCUUGGUGAAAUACAACCAUUAUCUGUCACAGUGACUACAAGCCAAUAGCAACCGGAGAUCUCCUUGUUACACCUUAUACCGGUUAUGUUGGAAGGAAAGAAGUCUUCCUCUUUCUGCUCCUCCUUUGUCUUGAAAUCAGAGGUGCUGAAUUUCCGGGAUAAAUCCAGAAAUUGCGAUUCUUGAAAUUGUCAACAUUUUGCCCAACUUCAGAAAAAUUCUUGAUAUAAGAUGUAUUAGACAAUAAAAUGAUCCCAAAAUUUAGAGUCUCCAUGCGUGUAUUUCCAUGGGGUCCGAAAACUGUUCAGGGAAUGCUUGUAGCCAGUUCUUUGUUCCUGAAUCUCCAAUGGCUUAAGCUCGCCACUGCGGCCCGUUAGGUUACAAACUGCAUUGCACGCAUCCCCCACACAGCUCAGAUUGGCCCUGACAGGCUGAGGGGUCGAGUCAUCUCUCGUUCUAAACAUUACAUUGUGUCUAUGAGGGUGUUAUAUAUUCACAACUUGCAACAAAAAAUGUGAGCAUAGCGUAAUUGGCAAUGUUUUACAUAACAGAUGGAGGGACAGCUCGAAGUCCCCUUUUCUUUUUAGUCCUUAUCUUUGAAGCGGCUUGUCUUAGUGGUAUAUUACAAUUUAAAAAAACAUUUUUUUGAAUUAAUUCCCCUGCCCUUUGCUGUCUGUUGUCUCCUCUGCUUCUCUGGCAUCAUGAUGGAAUAGAAGUUGUCACUCUCAGAGACGAAGAAAAAGCUUGUGCAACAACGUGUUUUUGCCUGGGUGGACCCGCUCUUUGGAUUAUCUCUGCAUUUGGGGUUGUUUUUUCUCGUCCGUGUUCAUAAAUCAAAAUAUGUCUGUGGGGUGAUGAUACAACUUAUUGCUGUUCAUUUGUGGCUCAUUUUAUUAUUUUUUUCCUUUCACGUCUUUGUUACUUGGUUUUGUACAUAAAAGUUUAAGAAGGCAUUUUGACAACACUUGUUUAACGCUUUUUUUUUAAUCCCCUGUAGUUGCAAAAGCUAUAUUGAGAACUCGAGCAGUGUGGUCUUUGGUGUCACACCGGGGGGCAAAACCCGUCAAGAGUACGAAGUUUGUACAUAAAGAUUUCAAGAUAUAUAUAAAUAUUUUUUUGUUUCUGGCUUUUGCAUUUCCCUCACUGUCGAUGUAGCUGUCAAUGUAGCUGCUGUAAUCAAGUUUAUGGUAGUAGAUGAUACGUAUAUAUAUAAUAAUCUAGUGAUAUAGCUUUUGAGGAGACGGAUGGAUGCAAUAAUAUACAGCUGAUGAGAUGCUUGGGUUUCGUUGUUAGCUCAAGGGUGAGAUAACAUUUCGUCAGCGAGCUGUUCAGAUGUAACAAGCCCAAAAUAUAUUAAAACAUUUUCUAUUGCAGUUUCUUACUCUCUGGUAUCUGUUGCAUGUGCUCAGAAAUAGUUUGUCUACAUUUAAAUUCUAAAUGUUGAAAAAAAAAAAAAGCAAGAAUAAAAGGUUCAUAAUGACGGUACAACAAUGAAACAGUUUUGUUUUUGUUUUUUUCUCUCCUGAUCUGAAAAAUUUAGUUCUCUGGGCUUACUACAUUUGAACAACUUGCUGAUGAUUUGUUUUUAGCAGACCUUUUAUUAUCACCUCAAAAAUUAAUUUCGAAUAGGAAGAUUUACGACACUUUCAAUUUUUUUAAAAACUCCUUUUUUGGUAAACUGUAACCUCACUAUAACGGAGACAGAAGAAGUUACGGCGAGUAAAGAUUGCAGUUGGAGAUGAUCAAUGUGAGACUAAGAACUUUCAUAUUGAUAGAAACCCCAAUCCGUUACUGAUGUUGUAACAGAUGUGUAGUUGUCGCUGGUUGGCGUGUCGUCCCACUUUGCUGGAGAUCAUCGGAGAAGCGUUUUAGCCAUGGAAAUUGAUGUGAUUGAUUUGCUAUGCUCAGUCACCUUGCCUGGGUUGAUGUGGUUGAUAAUAUGCAUGUUUUGUUUUCUCAUUACUAAGUUUGCUGUACAUUCAUUGUACAUAGAAAAGAUAAUUGACGAUAUCUGUACGUAACUAGAAAUCUCAGUGAUUUGAGUAUGUGUGACGCAAUGAGAGACUGAUUAAGAUGGAAGGGUGGAGGUGUGAGGACCAAUUGGUUGUAUUUGUGCAUUUGAGAGUGUGUGUGUGUGUGUGUGCAUUUGUGUUUGUGUGAGAAAGAGAGAGUAGAAGUGUCGAGAUGAUGUCAUUUGUGCAUGGAGGAAUUUCAGAGUGCCACUUGAACCAGAGUGCAUGUAGCUUGUUUUAAAAAAAAUGUUAGUUUCAUUUGUUUGGAAGCUGAAUUUCUGUCUCUGAAAUGUGUAAAGUGAUACUACUACUACAACUAAUACGACCCUAUACACAUUUCACAUAGGAAAUGGACUUUUGCUCUUUAAGGUGCUGUCUGUUUUCUGAAACAUUUUCUGAAGUGUAACUCCUCUUGCAGAUAUUUUGUUGUUGUUUUUUUUUUUAAGAUUCUGAUUAUUGUAGAUUGAAGGAAAUUAUUGAAAUAAAAGAAUGCUCAAAAUUUCCGUGGUACUGAAA